AUGGAAACAGAGGAUCCCAAUCCCAAUGGCAACGCCAACGCCAACGCCGCCCUCAUCGACUCAUUCUGUGAGAUCACGUCGUCUUCGAAGCAAGAAGCCUUGUUCUUCUUGGAGAGCCACAACUUCGACCUUGACGCCGCCGUUUCAACCUUCCUAGACAACAACACCAUCAUCCCUCAAAACGACGACGUCGUAGCCCCCAUCAACGCCGUCUCCAACUCCUCUCCCUCCGAAACCCACUCCCCGGAAUUUUAUCCCUCGCCAUCAGCGUCUCCGUCGCCGUCACCCUCACCCUCCCGCGCCCCCUACGAGCUCCGAUCCCGCAGGGCUCUCGGUAAGAAACCCUCCGGGAGCCGCCAAGGUAGAAUCCGCACCCUCGGUGAUCUGAAACGGUCCUCUCGCGAUGAUGAUGAUUCUGAUUCUGAUUCUGACGAACCCCAGGAGUACUACACUGGCGGUGAGAAAAGUGGCAUGCUUGUCCAAGAUCCUACCAAAGGAAACAGUGUGGAUGAUAUUUUUGAUCAAGCGAGACAGUCAGCUGUUGAUGUACCUACUGAAAGUCCUCAAAACUCUUCAAGGCCAAAAAGUUUUACUGGAACCGCAAGAUUGCUUUCUGGAGAGACAGUGCCGCCAACUGCUCCUCAGCCUACCGAUGUAAUUACACACAAUAUUACUUUUUGGAGGAAUGGGUUCUCUGUCAAUGACGGUCCUUUAAGGAGGUUGGGUGAUCCACAAAAUGACCCAUUUCUGGAGAGCAUAAAGAAGUCUGAGUGUCCCAAAGAGCUUGAACCGACAGAUCGAAGGACUUCUGUCCAGGUCAACCUCACAAGGAAGGAUGAAAACUACCCUGAACCAGUGAAGCCAAACAAUCUUCCUUUCCAGGGGGUUGGAAGGACUUUAGGUAGCAGCAGCUCCAGCUCCAGCAGUGAAGUCGCUGGUGCGAGCAGUGAACCUAUUCAAACAAUUGUUGCUUCACUAAACACUGCUCCAUUGCCAGCAAUGGGUUUAGUUGUAGAUGAGUCACAGCCAGUGACAUCAAUCCAGCUAAGGUUAGCUGAUGGUACACGCAUGGUUGCUCGCUUCAAUCACCACCAUACAAUCAGAGAUGUUCGAGCGUUCAUUGAUGCAUCUAGACCUGGUGGAGUAAGAAGUUACCAACUGCAGACAAUGGGUUUUCCUCCCAAACAACUCACUGAUUGGGACCAGACUAUAGAGCAAGCUGGAAUAGCCAAUUCAGUUGUUAUCCAGAAAUUGUAGGUUGUUUACCCCAUUUUAUUUCCAGUCAGCUUGAAAUUACUAUGUUCAUGCUUAACAUCAAUUGAUCUACUUUUACUUUUAUUGAAUUUCAAAAUUAUUCGUCGU